AUGGCGCAGGCGGUGGGCGGCGGCGCCCCGGAGGCCGGGCAGGGCAGCAGGCAGCGGCGGCGGAGUCCCCCUCUCGGCCAUGCCGGCUGCCUCGUGCCUGCAGCGGUUGGGCCGGCCGGCGGGAGAGCAACAGCCAUGGAGCUAGGUUUUUGUUUCUUUGGGAAAUUUCGGAUGAGUCUGAAGCAACCGAAGGAAAUUGAGUCCAGGGGCACCUUUGAGGCCAGCCCAGUUUCAUCCUGGCUGGCAGCCGCCUGCCCAAAUCCCCUACCUGAAGUUCCAGGGCCCCAAGCUCCUGGCUUUGGGUCUCCUUUGACUAGUUCUCAGCUUCUCAACAGGGCCUUUCUUGGUUUCCCCACAGGGCCGGUGACCAUCUGCGGAGAAGCGACCAUCUUGCACGGCGGGUUCCUGCUGGCGUCCCGGCUGUGCCAUCCCAAGCCGUUGUCGGAGCUGACCAAGUCCGAUUGGGACAAAGUGGGGAAGCCCAUCAUCGACGCCCUGCGGGAGGUCUGCACCUCUUAUUCCACCUACCCACCCCAGCCCAGCGCUUGGAAGAAGAAAGCGGCCGUCGUCCUCUGGUCCAAAAUCCUCCUCUCCGAUGCCUCGUCUCCCUCCGCGAACCAGAGGUGGAAAGAAGACGUCUUCUUUUCGGUGAGCAACAUGAUCCCGGAUGUCAACCACACCAUCCUCUUCGAGCUCUUCAAGGCGGUGAAUGCGCCCCGGCUUUUUGCCCAGCUCCUGUUGGUGCUGCCAGAACACGUUUGCCAGAAGGAACUGGAGACCUUCGUUGAAUACAUCGCCAACGAAACCACGCCGGAGGACGUGUCUUUCUUCUUGGACGUCUGGUGGGAGAUUCUGAAGCACAAGGAUGGGCAGGAGGACAGGGUGACCUUGCUGUUUGGCGUGUUCUCUCGCCAGCAUCUCUCGGACGCGGACGAACCCCCCCACGUUCUCAAGAGGUUCAAGAGCGAUGCGCCAGAGUCCCCCGUGAUUGUCGGUCUCCUCCGGGCUUUGAUGGAGGGACUGAAGCUGAUCAAAGAGAGCGUUGGCCCUGCAAAGGUGAAGUGUUACGCCCUUGCCAACCUAGCGGACGUGCUUUCUCUUUUGGUUCCUGCUGAGGGCGAGCCGGCUUCGUUGCCUGCCCAGGUUUAUUUGGACAAGAUUUCAUCGGUGGUCACCCUCUGGAGCAGAGACCUCCAGAACCGAUACAACAAGAGGGGGCUGGAUGAGAAGGUGAAGGAAGCGGAGAGGAGCGUGAGUUUGCUGAACAUGGCCACGCCAGGGAGCAGUCCGUUGGCCGGCCACCUGGGCUUUCUCCGUUCCUUGCUGGACGAGUGGUCGGUGGAACUCCAGGGGCUUCUUGGCAACCCCCAGGAGAUCAGCUACGAGAGCUACCGCUUUCUCGACAGCCUCGACUCCUUGGGGAAGAAACUGACGGGUUGUGCCAAGCUGGGGGAUCUGGACAAGGAAAUGGCACUGGAGAUGUUGGAGCUGGGCGAUCUGAUUGCGAACUUCUUAAAGCGGGUCAGCCCCCAGGUGAGGGGGAAGAAUUCGGACAGCGGCCUCAUGGCCUCCGUAGCCAUGGUGAUUAUCGAACAGAAGAUGGAGCGGCACGAGGAGAUGUGUUCCAUCUUCGCUUCGGAAAAGAGUUGGGCCUCCAGUAAAGACUGGGCGGCUUGCCUCACGAAGAACAAAGAACUCUUCCAGAAGCCGGAGCUGGUCUUGAAACUGCUAGAGACCGCGGCCUCUUUGGGCCCCGUGGCCGAUUCCGCCGAAAGCCGAGAGGAGCAGGUGAAAACAGCCAAAGUCAUCCUGGAGUGUUACACGGAACUUUCAUUGCCGGAUAAGAAUGCGGUGAUUUCUGGGGUCUUGUCUAGGUGGGGGAGGCAAGGCCUUUCCGGGAUCCUGAAGCCUUUUGCAGAAGGCUUCCCGGAGGAGCUCAAUAUCGCCUUCAACCAGAUAAUUCAGAGCGCCUCCGGAGAAGGCUUUAAGAAAGUGGUGAAUUCUGUGUCCCGCUUGGCCGUACUCAACCCAGAAGCGACGGUCAAGAAGAUUUGUAACUUGGCUGUGGCCAACUUAGGGACGCACCAAUUCCUGGCCGAGAUCCUGUGUUCUUUCCCGGCGCUCAACUUCGAGGAACCGCACGGUCAGGAUGAGUCCAUCAGCCUCGUUCUGGGAUGCUUGAAAGAGACGGUCAUGGACAAGUUGUCCUCUGCCAAGGAGAAGGAACAGUUCUUGGAGUUCCUUGUGAGGCUCAUGCAGCCGAGCGGGGACAACCCGCUCCUGGCUCCGGCGAAGGUGACCCAAAACCUCAUCAUUCCUUUUCUCAAAUCGGACUUUCCUCACCUCGAGCUGUGCCUGCAGAUCCUCGACGUGGCUUUGAAGGUGCCUCUGGCUUCAGACCAGCACUGGAUCCACACCUGCCACCCUUUCCCGCUCGUCUUCUGCCUCUGCAAGCUCCUGCACGAGUUCACUCGCUAUUGGCACGAGCUGCAAGGCCGGCACGGCUACUCGCUCGAGACCAAAGAUGCGGUGACGGGCAACCUGGCUCAGCUUUGCGACAUCCUCUCGGUCCAGAAGGACGGCGUGUCUCCAGAGCUGUGGACCCAGUCGGUUGCGUGGCUGCACAAGAAGGCGGACGCCUUGGACUGGACCAUCGGUCUCCGCCUGAAAAAAGUGUACGGAGAGCACUUCAAAAACGAAGUCCCGGCGACGCUGUUUGAGGUCUGCAAACUCCCCGAGGACGAGUGGACGUCCCGUUCCCUCCCCACGUACGGGUUGGGGAGUGGGCUCCUGGCGUGGCUGGAGUGCUGCUGCGUCUCCACAGCCUUGAGGGAGCAGAUGCUCGUGCUUCUGAAGGUGAACAUGGACAAUCCCGAAGAGGUCAAUCUGUUCAGCAAGGGUUUCCUGCUCGCCCUGGUCCAGGUUUUUCCGUGGUGCAGCCAGAGCGAAUGGAGAAGGCUCAUCCACGUCAUCAAGAGCCUCUUGGAAAGAGAGGUCCUCUACGUGCCUUACUCUUUGGAAUACGUUCAUCACCUGCCUUUGUUGAACUUCCAGCCCUUCGCCUAUCACCUCCAGUUCUCGGUGCUUCUCCUCCGGGGUUUUCAGUUCUUGUGCAGUUCUAGCGGGGCCACGUGGCUGCCCGUGGAGGCGUGGAAACAUGUGGCGAGGCUCUACUGCCUCAGCCUCUCGGAUCUGCUGGACUCCGUCAAAAGCAACGCCUGUUGCCAGUGGCGUCCCACGGAGGGGAAGAGUGUGGCGCGGGAAUUGUCCUUCGUUUACAUCCAGAUGUUUUGCCACACGCUCCACGUGGCCGCCAUGUUGCCGGAGGGCACCGGGGAGCCCCUCCUCUUCCUCUCCUUGGAGAUCCUCUCACAGUACCAGAUGCUCUGUGACGCGGACGAGUCCCUCGGCCGGGCCCUGCGGAAAGCCAACGAGAAGCACUUCCUGGAGUCCAUCGCGGAGAACGUCACCAACAAGGAGCUGCGCACCAUGCUCCAGCAGAAGCUGAGCAAGCUGUGAUAAAGGACGUCGGCCGGAAAGCCUGCAGCCAGAUUUCCUUUUUGGCAUGUGCCAAAGCCGGAAGCCUGGGUUCGUGUCAAGCUUGGGGUGAAAAGAUGCCAGUGUUUUGCCCCCCCCAAAAAAGAAGGGGAGCAAAGACGGUGGGAAAUCUCACAAGAUCUAUAAUAAACCUCUAUCUCUCUUCUCA